AUGCCGCCGCUCCAGAGAGAUCCACCGUUUCCUGGUGGGCCGGUUGAGUUGUCACUUCUACAGCAUUACCCGGAUCACAUAGCGCCGUGGACGUGGCAUACCCUACUUGGCACCACUGACCCUCGUUAUUCUGAGCGAGGUGAUUUGAGGCUUGCCACUGCUGGUACGAAACUCAGGCUGAUGACGUGUGAGGGGGACAAUUACAGGGAGGUCCGCUUGAUUGUGGAGAGGAGCGGACUGUAUCCACUGGUCAGGUGCAGCUAUGUAGAGACGGAUCCAGGGCUUAUAUCGGCCCUUGUGGAGAGGUGGCACGAGGAGACUAGUAGUUUCCACAUGCCAUUUGGGGAGAUGACUGUCACACUUGAUGACGUCUCCGCUCUUCUUCACAUCCCGGUUGGUGGGAGAUUCUACACUCCAGGAGUGGCCUCGAGAUAUGAUGUGGCAGAGACCUGCGCUUUGCUGUUAGGGGGGGAUGCAGAUUUGUACAUGGCUGAGUUUGAUAGGCUUAGGGGUCCGACUAUGAGGUUCAGCUUCUUGCGAGACCUUUACCCGAAAGCUGUUGCAGAGGGGCGGUACGAGCAUGCAGCCAGGAUGUACCUGAUGCAUCUUGUUGGCGCGACAUUGUUCGCCGACAAGAGUGGGGGGCACUCAUUCUCCGCCCGUUGGAUAGGCAUGCUACAGGAUCUUGAGCGGGUGUCGGAGUUCGCGUGGGGCGCCAUGGCCCUUGCCACGUUGUACGACCAGCUUGGACAGUCUUCUCGCAGCAGGGUCAAAUAG